GAUAUUUUGAGAGGCUUGAGAAAUUUAUAUAAAUAUAUAUAUAUAACAAAGGCUGAAUUUAUUUGGCACAGAACCUAACAACUUUGAGGACCUCUCAUGUAUUCGGAAGUACGCUGACUCGCGGUGCUCAUUUGAAAGUAAAUAACUAUUUUCCUUUGCUUGUAUGCUGUUGACCUCGCCAUGUGUCCAAGCGCUUGAGCUGUCUGUGUGGUUAUGAGAUGCAUGCAGCAGCGGAGCCCAUGCUGUCAGACUUGGUGCGAGAGGCCGCCUGCAAACACGCGGAAAAGGAGGCAGUGCGCUACGACAAGUGUGACGGCCAGCCAGCGGCGUCUCUCACCUACAGCGAAGUCUUGCAUUUCGCGGACGAUCUGUCAUCUUUCCUCAAGGCUCACUGCGACCCCAUUCAUGCCGUUCUUAUUGGAUUGUACUGCCAACCUGGACUUCACCUGGCAAGCUGGAUUUUGGGUAUUCUCCAGGUUCCUUCAGCCUAUGUUCCUGUGGAUCCAGACAGUCCUCCUCAGCUUUCUUCUCACGUCAUGAAGCAGUGCUGUUUAAGAUAUAUACUUGUUCAGAAUGACAUCUCGGAGAAAUUCCGUCAUUCAUUUUCCUCUUGGAUAUGCCACAUUUCUGAGUUUGUUUUGGAGAAGCAUAAUCUAAUACUUUUGAAUAUUUCUUGGAGAGAUGGAUCUAAUAUUCUUUCAGUUGGUGGAGAACUAGCUACAGAACGCCCACAAUCUAUACUUUCUGGUGUUUCUUUUCAAGAUGGGUAUUUAAACAGCAGAACUCCAGGAUGUCUUGCCUAUGUCCUACACACUUCAGGGACCACUGGGUUGCCAAAAAUUGUCCAAGUACCUCAUGCUUGUAUCAUUCCAAAUAUAUUGCAUUUAAGGUCUAUUUUUCAGGUCUCUUCUAAUGAUAUUUUAUUCAUGGCUUCUCCUUUAACAUUUGACCCAUCUGUUGUUGAGUUAUUUAUUACUUUAUCAUCCGGAGCGUCUUUACUGAUCCUCCCACCAUUUGUUAAAAUGGUGCCAAAUAAGCUAUCAGAUGUUCUAUUCAGCCAGCACAAAGUUACAGUCUUGCAGGCUACUCCAACUCUUAUCACAAGAUUUGGGACCAGUCUCCUUCAGUCAAAGAUUCUGACUGCCGACACAUCACUACGUGUACUAGCUUUAGGUGGGGAAGCAUUUCCAUCUCUAGUGGUGGUUCGAAACUGGAGAGGAAAGGGUAACCAAACCCAGUUUUUUAACCUCUAUGGCAUUACAGAGGUGUCAUGCUGGGCUACAUGCUUCCAGAUUCCAGAAAAUAAUAUGUGCGAUACAUCCAAUUCCAACACUGUUGUUCCAUUGGGAAUGCCGUUAUUGGGAACUAUGGUAGAAGUGAAAGAUUCAGAUGGGCAUCUGAUUAAUGAAGGAGAAGGACAAGUUUUCCUGGGUGGUAGGAAAAGAGUGUGCUUCAUUGAUAGUGAAUUAAUUGUAGCAUGUGGAACCAUGCGUGCCACUGGUGAUUGGGUUAUUGUAAAAGAUUCACACAUGUACUACAAAGGGAGAAGAGACAAUCAUGUCAAGCGUCAUGGAAAACAAUUAAAUUUGGAGACAGUAGUGCAAGCAGUUGAAAAUCUGAGUCUGGUAGAUGCUUGUGCUUUGACAUACUACAAAGAGCAAAAAUUAAUCCUUUUCAUUGUAGCUGCUUCACAGCAAGCUGAUGUUGGCAAAGACGUUUACAGGGACCUGCUGAAACAUCUUCCGGCUCAUGCCAUUCCUGAUGAAGUUAUGUUAGUUAAGAGUUUACCCUUUACAUCACAUGGAAAGAUUGACACAAAGGAUCUCAUUGCUCUUUAUGAGUCUAAAAUAAGAGCAGCUGAGGCGCAUACUGAAGUUAAAGGGGAAAAUGAACUAUGGGAAAGUCUACAAACGCUAUGGAAGGAUAUACUUGACCUUCCAACAGAUGCAGUCAUUGCAGCAGAAUCUCUCUUUGUAUUCAGUGGUGGGGAUUCAUUUAAGUCUCUGAGGCUUUUAGAAGGAAUUGAAAUGUUAACUAGAAGGAAGAUACCGGAAUUACUAGAAAUUAUCUUAAAUUGCUCCUUUAUCGAGCUCUAUAACCACAUUAUUGCAAUGAUAUUCCCAUAUAAAAAUAUGGAAAAAAGGAACUCCUGUUUGAAAAGGAAAUUUACAGGAUCUUCAGAAACUGAAAAUCCUCAUACCAAAUAUAUUCCAGCUUAUGAGGAAAAUCGAGUUUUGAACGUUACCGCUGUACACAGGGGUAGCCAUUUCCUUUCAUUUAAUGUUGAUGUACCUAAAACCAGUACAAGCUCCGUGUCUCAUUAUGAUUCACAUGACUCAUUCAGACCACCUUCUGAAGCUUCUCCUCUGAACACUACUGUGGUGAUAAAUUUAAAAGACAAAGAAGGUGGUUUGGAUCAAGCAAUGAACAACUCUGUAUCUGAGAUCAGUUGGUUGUCCAAGAACACUUCUGACACAGGAAGUUUCAUGCUUAAAUUAAGAUGGAUGUUAGACACAGGCAAGUGUGUUGAUGCAUCCCCUCUCCUGCUGAUCACUGAAACUGAAAAUCUGUGCCAGACUGUCUACAUUGGUUCACAUUCCCAUAGAAUGCAGGCAAUAGACAUGUACUCUGGAAAAAUUAAGUGGGAACGCCUUCUUGGAGACAGAAUUGAAUCAUCUGCUGCUGUGACAAAAUGUGGACGCUUCAUCGUUGUUGGGUGUUAUGAUCGCUUUGUUUACUUCCUUGCAGUCACCACUGGAGAAAUAUUUUGGAUGUUUGCCACUGGGGAUGCAGUCAAAAGUUGUGCUGCAGUUGAACCUUCAUCUGGCUUGGUGUUUGUUGGGUCACACGAUCAUCAUAUUUAUGCUUUAGACUGUGAGAGUAAAAGCUGUGUAUGGAAGCAACAUUGCAGAGGUACAGUCUUCUCUACUCCAUGCCUGAACGCCUCUCCUAGACGGCUUUAUGUUGCAACUCUUGGAUCACAGUUGCUAGCCUUAAAUCCUGAUAAUGGAAACGUACUGUGGAAAUAUUCAGUAGACAAACCUUUCUUUGCCUCGCCUCGGUGUACUCCGGGGUCUGUUUGCAUAGGCUCUGUUGAUGGGAGUUUGUACAGUUUCAGCCACUCUGGACAGAAGCUUUGGAAUUUUUCUACCAGUGCUCCAAUUUUCUCCUCUCCUUGUGUUGUCGACUCCCCUCUACAAGAUUACAGAAUCGUGUUUGGCUGUUACGACAACUUUGUCUAUUGUCUGGAUGGUAAAGGUCAUUUACUGUGGAAAUUUGAGACUAGCUCCAGAGUGUAUUCUACGCCUUUUGUUUUUAAUCCGACUGAUGAAGAAAGGAGAUCGCUGGUUGCAGUGACUUCAAAUGAUGGGAAACUCUGGAUCUUAGAUGCGGAAAAAGGAAUUUUAAUGACCACCUUUUGUUUUCCAGGAGAAACAUUCUCUUCUCCAGUUGUAUGGGGAAAUUUAUUGAUAGUUGGUUGUAGAAAUGACUUUGUUUACUGCUUGGAACUCUCCAGAUCUGAGUAGGGACUGCUGCUGCAGGUGCAG